UAAGAAUGGCUUCACGCAAACGCAGGUGUAUACGUCUUAUCAUUUCCGGUAUCAGUCUGAAGAGGAACGACGUUGCCAAUUUGACAUUAAUUCCACAUUUCCGUGGCGGUAAUGUUUGUCGAAAAUGGCGUAGGGUAUUGGAAAUAAUAUAGAUAGCAGUACGAGACUUCAUUGUCCCAUCGGCGUUGUAUCGCGAGUUGCCCCCCAUUAUUUUUUCCAUCGGGGAGGCUAAAGCUAAAGCUAGCAAGACUUAGCCGAGCCGCACACCUUUUAGUUGUCGGCGUGUAACACUCGUAGCUAAUGAGUCAUGGCCACUCGGCGUCUGACAGAUGCCUUCUUGUUAUUGCGGAACAAUGCGAUCCAAAACCGGCAGAUAUUGGCUGAGCAAGUGAGUACAAACGACCCCCGUCUGAGUACACGUAGCAAUGCUGCGGAACUUGAUGAGUUGGCUGACGAUCGGAUGGCGUUGGUGUCGGGAAUCAGUCUGGAUCCCGAAGCGGCCGUCGGCGUCACCAGGAAGUUGCCGCCCAAAUGGGUCGAGGGCAUCGACGAGAUCCAGUAUGAAAUUUCAAGGGUUCGUCAGAAGAUGAAGGACCUGGCAUUGCUUCACGAUAAGCACAUGAAUCGACCCACGCUGGAUGACAGCAGUGAAGAAGAGCACGCCAUCGAAAUCACAACACAGGAGAUCACACAGAUGUUCCACCGAUGUCAGCGAGCUGUAACGGGCCUGCAGUCUCGCUGCGGCCACUGCACCGAGCAGGAGGAGCGACUACUUAGAAAUGUGGUGUCGUCUCUGGCGCAGAGUCUUCAGGAGCUGUCCAUCAAUUUCAGGCACACGCAGUCCAGCUACUUAAAACGCAUGAAGAAUCGUGAGGAGCGAUCAAAGCACUUUUUUGACUCAGGACCGUUAAUGGAAGAGGACGAAGAUCUAGCUUUGUAUGACAAGGGCUUCACCGACGACCAGUUGAUGCUGGUGGAGCAAAACACAGUCAUGGUGGAAGAGCGAGAGCGAGAGAUCAGACAAAUCGUUCAGUCCAUCUCGGACCUGAACGAGAUUUUCCGCGACUUGGCCGGAAUGGUGGUGGAGCAGGGCACCGUUCUCGACAGAAUCGACUUCAAUGUGGAACAAGCGUGUGUCAAAACAGACGAUGGCUUGAAACAGUUACAAAAGGCAGAGCAGUACCAGAAGAAAAACAGGAAGAUGCUGGUCAUUUUGAUCCUCUUUGUCAUAGUCAUCAUUCUAAUUAUUAUUCUUUUUUCAACCAAGUUUUAAUCUUACAUUCCUUUUUGCUCUCUGUCUGAACGUUUGUCGUGGACCUCUGCUCAAAACCAAGUUGACAGCCUUUCUUUCACACCAAGUGGGAAGAGUGAAAUUCCAUGUCAGUUUUCUGGUGUGCUUUGGGCUGUGCCGACGUGGGUUUUUUUUUUCUAAAUCAAAGAAACAAUCAAAAGUAUGAUUGUGACUCACACGUAUUUGUCUCGGCUCAUACUUGACCGUGUUGGCAUAUCUGUCUAUCGUUCUCAAGAGAAAACACUUGACGGCAUACAUAAGUGGAGACACAUGUGAUGAUGUCGCAGCAGAAUUGUCUCUGCAUCAUUUCAAUGUGAAAAUGGGGUUAGCAAUCAGAGAAAAGCAGUAUUUUUACCGUUAGUCGGUGAGAACACCACCAAACAUUGCAACAGUUCAGUACCAAAUGAUUUCUACGGUUUAAGUGCAACUUUUUGAUGAUGUAACAUUUUUUUAUGUUCUGGAUUCAUGGUACUGAAGUGGUUGCAAGUACCGCUGCUUGCCUGAUCCAUCACAUCAUUUUAAAAAUCACCCAUUUGUCAUCCAUAUAUUUUUGCUUUAUUUGAAAUCCCCCCCCCCAGCCCCCCAUGACCCCCACAGUCCCUGCAUUGAGUGCUACCUUUUAUUACCUGCAGUUUGCACAUACUUGAGGCCUGAGCAAGAGAAAGGUGUUAUGGAUGUAAAACUACUGUCAUCUGUACGAUGAAAAGAAUUAUUUAUUUUUUAAAACUGCAAAUGAUCCAGAGCGGCAGAAUUCCUACACGGUGUAUUUGGUCAAACAAGUAGCUUGAAUAUUCAUGUUCGUCACUUCACGAAGAAAACUGUGAUCCAUCCCAGACAACCAGCGACAUUGCGACCGGGUUAUGUUUGAUUCUGCUCUGAUUUUGUUCUUGCUCUGUUGAUCUAUAAAGACUGAUAUGCUGAAA